GUUGAUAUUUGGAAUGGUAUGGAGCGACCAUUGUUGAAACUGCACUCGCACGGACGUAAUUUGAAGAAGUGGUCAAUAGCGGAGGCAAAUGAGAGGUCACUUAUGAGGGUUAGAAGUUCAGGGUUGUUUUCACUUUCUCAUAUUAUUUCUUCAUACUACAACAAAGUGUUAUUGUCUGCCUUUGUGGAGAAGUGGCAUCCGGAGACAAAUAGCUUUCACUUUCGAUUUGGGGAGAUGACUAUUACACUGGAUGACGUGCCGCACCUUGUUGGGCUUCAAGUGGAGGGGUUAGCGAUGCAUGCAGUGGAUAAGACGAGGGAGGAGUGUUUGGCAAUGGUACAGAGGUGUCUUGGUGCGACGGCAGACGUUGCGGAGAAUAAGGUUACAACAAACAAUCGCGUUGAGUUUGAAUGGUUGAUGAAAACUUUUAGCGAGGUGGUACAUGGGGACUCGGAGGAAAGAGUUGAUUGUUGCGCACGGGCUUACUUGCUCUAUCUCCUUGGCAGCACUCUAUUUGCUGACAAGACUGGGACGACAGUUUCUGUUCAGUUCCUCACUCUUUUGGAGGACUUAGGAUGGGUUCGCGACUAUGCUUGGGGUGUAAGAGGGUUGGGCCAUUUGUACAGACAACUUGGACAAGCAAGCAGACGUAAUUGCAAGCAGCUGAGUGGCUACAUGUCUUUCUUGGAGGCAUGGAUUCGAGAGCAUUUUCCUAUGUUUCGACACGCUAGGGACCCAGCCUACACGGAGGACCUACCACUGGCAGCACGUUGGUUGUCGCGUUGGGAGACUACCAUGGAGACCACUUACCACUACCGUGGGAUGUUAGACGAUCUACGUCCAAGUCAGGUUGUUUUUGACCCGUACACAGAUCGCAGGCAAGUAGUCGCAGAUGUUGUUUUUUACACGGGCUGCAUCCGUGCCGUGGUCGUCUUUGAGCCGUACCUACCUGAUAGAGUAUUGAGGCAGUUCGGCUUGGUGCAGUUGGUCCCUGGGCCUCCAUUAGUCCCAUUGCGAGGUAGUAGAGGCGCUAAUAGUCAUUCAUACAGUGUGGUUUACGCGUACAUGGUAAAAUUGGCGCGAUCAUGUCAUGAAUGCAGAGAAACGAGUUGCGAUUCAGCCUGGAGUCCCAUGGGAGUCACACCCCGACUACCUUCCUUGGUUUUUGACGGUCUCCCACUUCAGGGUCUCACCUCGUCCCGUAGAGGUGCCAUAUACCGAGAGUGCGGAAGAGCGCAAUGCAGCGGCUUUGGCCAUUUUGGACAGUGUUUUGGGUGGGACUAGGGCUAGGACUUCAACUUGCCCGUAUGAACUACGACAAGCACUUGUUAAAGUGCAGAUGACUUUGAGGGGAUCGGAGGCUGUUGAAGCAAGCAUAGCAGGCCCUAGUUCUAAUCGUUACUCGAGUCGUUACACUAGGUGCCGACGCAAUGACCGUACGUGAGACUUGGUAUUCUCUGACUUGUUUUUAAUGGACUUUAUGGCUUGUUUUUGAUGGCCUUUAUGGCCUUGUAUUUAUUUUGGACACUUUAUGACCAUGGUUUAUGGACUACUUUUCGUGGUGGAAUGA